UUCAAAUGUUUGGCCGUUGCGAGAUGCCAGAGGAAAGCCACUGAAGGGUUGGAGGUGCCAGGACUGUUGUUUUACGGUGUUUGUAUUCGCAGUUUUAAUUGAUCAUUUGCUUGGAGAUAUCAAACGACGAUGGAUCGACGGGACAAGUGGAAGUCCAAGCCUCGAAAUUUUGAGAGCGAGGAGGCAAGAAUCCUUCGCGUUGAUCAACAUCAGGCUCGUCGUCAAACCAAGAAGGAGGAACAACUCAAUCGGCUGAGACAGGUUUCACCAGCUCAGGAUGACGAAGAAGAGUUCGAGGACACCCCAGAGGACCGAGCAAUUCGCCUAGUGAAAUGGAAGGCAGAAAGAGACCUAAAGAAGAAGCUAGAAGCAAAGAACAAGCGUCCAGCCUUCGUGAUCGGCGUUCCCCACCACAACUUCUUCUCGCCAGUCUCCAAAGACCCCCCGAAACCCCACUGCCACAAGAAGCCAAAGGGCUCCUCUCCCCCAAAGCGAGUAACAGCUGUAACAGCUCGUCGUCUCGCCGCCAAGCAAGCGGUGAAAGCCACCACAUCAGGACCAUCGAGUGCCUCCCAGCCCAGCACCAGCACCGGAGCCACUAGAAUCCGUCCCCCCAAGACUCCAAUGACACCUCGCCUCACCAGAAGUCGUAAGAAAGCCCUGGAAGUUGAGAAAAAGCCUGAAAAGAAGCCCAUAAAAAAGGAGUCCCUGGCCCCAGAAAACUACGAGUUCAAGGGCCCAACGUUCGCUGAGCCUAUUCCCCUCUUCGGAGCAGUAAUCGUUCCAGGCGUGGACACCAACCUGACCUUCACCCUGACCGACAAUUUCAAGACGAUAAAAGCUGAAAAGACUCCAAUAGACACAUUGACAGAGAACAAUGGAGAGACUCCUCUGGAGUCAUCACAACCUCCAAAGGAAUUUCCCAAAAAACAUUCCCCAGAGAAAAAAACAGCCAAAAAGCCGUCUCCAGAGAAGAGAACUCCCAGAGAAAUUUCCCCAAAGAAGAAAACUCUGAAAAAAACAUCCCCAGAGAAGCUGCCCCCCCGAAACUCAGAAUCUAUCACAAGACAGGAGUCAUCCCAGCCCUGUGACUCCAGCAUCGAGAGUGUGAUCCUGCGGAUGUCCUCCCAGUUCGAGCCCCUGAAGCCUGCCGAAGACAUCACCGAGGAGAAGGAGAAUGUGAACAUGAACUUGGACCCUGACCCCUCCAGGCUCCUGGAUCCCGUACCAGCCCAGUUCUCCCCCUUCAUCGUCACGAGUCGAGGGAAAAGCAGUGCCCGAAAAGAACAGAAACAACGUCUGAGUCUCCACAAAUCCUCCCCCAAGGACGACAUCCCCACGAAGGACUCAGUGAUGCAGAAUUUGAGUAUCUCAGUAGAAGAGGAGAAGAACACAUCACAGUACUACAAGCACCUGGUGGAAUCUGAGGAAGCGAGAUUGAAGGACCUCUGCUCGACGUGGAAGCCCCUCCAGGAGGACCCAUCCACCCCAGAGGACGGUGUCUACAUGAUAAAUCAGGCAAUCGGUCAGACCAACUUGUUGAUAAGAAAGAAAUUCGAGAGAUUCAAGACUUUAGUAAACGACUGUGAGACUGGUAUGGGUGAGCAAUUGGUGAGAUGUGCAGAUCUGCAGGGCUUCUGGGAGAUGAUGCAGAUGGAGAUCAUAAACUGCAACUCUCGAUUUACGAAGCUCGAGGAGAUCAGGGGGAAGGGGUGGCAGGAGGACGAUGAGGUUGUGGUGCGGAAAAAGGCAGUCCAGAAGAAGAAGUCAGUGGUGAAGAAGAAGGUGGAAGGAAGGAGUAACAUGAGAGCGUUCAUAGAGGCCCAGAGGAAGAAGAAGAUGGCCCCUGAGGGGGCUGUGGAGGAGGAGAACCCAGAGGUGAAGGAGCCACAAGUAGAUCCAAAACCUUCAACUACUCCCAGAAAGAGUCUGCCAAUGCCAGUGUCUCCCCACAGCAGAGCCAAGGUCACCCCACGUGGGGAGAGACUGAGCCUCUUGAAGCUGGUGCAGCUGACGGAGAGCGCCAAGAGGAUGACCCAGAACUCCUUUGCAAUGGUUAAAGUCAGCCAGAAAUGCAAAACCCCAGAGGUGGAGCACGAUCGCUCAAUCUCGUACAUAAACUCUGGCCAAACCCCUGGGAAGGGGAUCCUUAAGAAGACUGAGGAUGCACCAAAGAACGAGGGAAAACUCCCCAAACCCACGUACAAAGUCAACUUCAAUGACACUGUUCAACUGACUGAGGUACCCGAGGAUGAGGUCGAUGAGGACGAGGAGAAUAGACGUAGUCUAGCUGCUAGUCUUGCGAGAAUCGAGAAUCUGGACUUCGGGCAUGACGAUGAGGUCUGUGUCAACAAGAAACUGGAGUUUGAUGAUGAUGAUGAUGAGGAUGAGGAUGAGAAUGAUCUCGAGGGGAAUAUUGAGCCCUCUGGGUCUGAACCGGGGGCUCCUGAGGGUGCCAUUGAGAUGGACGAGGGUCUUGGGAUGGAUACAAGUGCCUCAUCUUCUCCAAUUAUUCAGAUCAGUUCGGCAUCACCUCCUGUCACGCUGAUGCCUCCACCGACGAAAAUCAAAACCCCGAAGAGGAGGAAAUCUACGAAGACUGAGGACUUCCCAGUGGCCCCAAUCAUCAAGAUCACUGAGGCAACGCCUAUUCCGCAGCCUCCAGGGAGUCCUGAGUCGAUGCCUUCGCCUGCAGACGUCAAGAUCAGGAAGAGGGGAAAAUCACGAAAUAGUGGGAGAGCUUCUCUUGGCGGUAAAGUCAUAGGGAUUGCUGAGUCGACACCAUCUCCAGCGACUCCGGGAAGCCCCACGAAACGACGAAGUGCCUUAUUGGAGUUUGAAGAGAUUGGACCAAGUCCAGUGGUCGUAGAGAGGAAGCCCAGGAGCAGACGCACUGAAGAACCGAAGAGUGAAAUUCCAAUUGUUGACAUUACAACUCCUCAGAGUCCUAAGAAGAGGGGAAGGGGAAGGAGUAUGAGUGUUGUGGAGCUGGCGUCACCCUCUGGCAGUGGAGAGAGGAAAUAUCUUGAGAAAAAUGUGGAUAGUCCACUCUCCGAGACGAUUUCCACGCCGAAAACCCCGAGGAAGGGGAGGAAGAAGAGCGGCAUCUCCUCGGAGACGGAAAAAACCUCGGGAAGUACACCUGUGAGACAACUUCGGAGUCGAUCUGUCCUGGUCGACAACGUCACGUACAGAAAGCGCAGGACCUCCAAGCACGAGAUGAAUGGGGAGUCGAUUCCUGCUGAGGAGGUGAAUCAUCACCACAUGUCUGAUAACAAUGGGAACAAGGAGAACUGCUCUGGGAUGGAGAACGUUACGUUUCAGAGCCCCAAGACACCCAAGGUGGUCGUCAGUCUGGAUACAUCGAGUGUGAGGAGGUCUGCUCGCAAGAGUGUUCGAUUCGUGCCUGAGGAGGAUUGCACCACUUGCAAACCUGUGCCUCUUACUCCCAGGAGCUUGAAGAAUAGGGUGAGCUUCUUUGGCAAUCCCGAUGUUGUCUCCCAACCACUGCCCAAUGGAGAUUUAAUGGCUUUUGAUUCACCCAAAACUCCUCGUGCAAGAAUCAGGAGGUCCAGUACGAAGUAAUUAUGGGGGAGUAAUAACAUAAAUAAAUUGUACGCUUUUUUAACCUUCUACAAUUAUUAAAAAUCUAAUUUUCUAAGUAAACUAUGCGUAAGUACAAAUAGUAAAGGCUACGGUUCUAUUAUCCUAAUUUUUAUAAAAAAUGAGCCGACAUGUAUAAGUACGAAGCAGAGGAGCAAUUUAUCGCAAUUUAAUUAACCGAACUGGCAUGUACCGAACUACUGCGAAAACUGAAUAAAAUUUUAAUUGUACUUUUA